AUGGCCAGCUUAAUGCUGCCAUUGCUUCCCGUCUACGCAUCUGUAGAGGAUGUCGGCUUGCUCCCGACACCUCCAAUGGGUUUCAAUAACUGGGCGCGAUUCGAAUGCGAUCUCAAUGAAACGCUGUUCACGAAGACCGCCGAGUCAAUGGUGAGCCGCGGACUUCUAGCCGCAGGCUAUAAUCGCCUCAAUCUUGACGACUGCUGGAUGCAGACCUCCCGCUCCGAUAAUGGGUCUCUGCAGUGGAACACAACAUUGUUCCCGCACGGAAUUCCCUGGCUCGCCAACUAUGCCCAUCAGCAUGGCUUUCAUCUGGGUAUCUACGAGGACGCAGGCAAUGCCACCUGCGGCGGCUACCCGGGCUCCUAUCGACACGAAGAACAGGACGCCGAAACAUUCGCCAGCUGGGGCAUCGACUACCUCAAGCUGGACGGAUGUAAUGUUUUUGCUGAAGAGGGCCGUUUGCUGCGCGACGAAUACCGCGUACGGUAUCAUCAGUGGCACGAGAUCUUCAGCCGAAUGUCGCCGCCGCUCAUCUUCUCCGAGUCUGCGCCUGCGUACUUCUCUACGGACGCCACCGAUUGGGCCCGCGUCAUGGACUGGAUUCCGUUCUACGGUGAACUGGCCCGUCAUUCGGAUGAUGUGCUGGUUUACAGCGGUGCAGGCAGCGCAUGGGAUAGCAUUAUGGUCAACUAUGACUAUCAAGUUCAGGUUGCCCGCUAUCAGCAGCCCGGCUACUAUAAUGACCCGGACUUCUUGAUCCCCGACCACCCGGGGCUCACGGAUGACGAGAAGAAGUCUCAUUUUGCGCUUUGGGCUUCCUUUGGGGCUCCCCUGAUCAUUAGCGCCUAUAUCCCUGACUUGCCUGAUACGGUGAUUGAUUUUCUGACCAACAAGGAUCUGAUUACUGUCGAUCAAGAUCCCCUGGCUCAACAAGCUACUUUAGUCAGUCGCGAUGACCGCUUUGAUGUGCUGACCCGCUCUCUGUCAAACGGCGACCGCUUACUGACGGUGCUCAAUCGUGGGAACAACACCGCCAACACUAGUAUCUCUCUUGCUCGUUUAGGUCUAGAUUCGAAGUGCCAAUAUAGCGCUCGUGACCUGUGGACUGGCACCAAAUCGACUAUCACGGACUCUGUACAGGUCAACCUUGAUAGCCAUGCUACCAGUGUCCUUCGCAUUACUCCCCCUCGCCACUGCAAAACCACCCCCACGGGAACGGUUUUCAACACUGCUUCAGGGAAGUGUCUGACUGCUUCGCAUAAUGUUGGCUUCGAGGUGUGCAAUGCAGCCGAUGAUCAGGUUUGGAAAGUCAGUGGUUUGGGCAGCAAGUUCACCCUACAUCCCCUGUCCGAUUCUUCAAAAUGCCUUUCCGCCUCAAAGAAGGGAUCUCUCUCACUGGUGCCGUGCGAAGGCGGCCCUGGCACGAUCUGGUCUCACUACCUUACUGGCCACUUGAAGAAUACCGUGGGGGGAUGCUUGGACGCUUCUGGUCAAUCUGCAAGCACCGGUGCUUGUGAUCUGGAUAUUGCGGGUCAGAUCUUUGGACUGCCGAGUGGCGUAAAGCUAGCCACAGGGCUUCGGUAG